CUACAUUAAUGCACUAUACGAAUUGCGAAAAGCAAAGGUCUGUGCCUGCAGACUAGCAGAAAAGGGGCGUUCCAUCUCAUUGGACCAAAGUUCGCGUCACCUGACCAUAAUUAUAAAUUAUCAGGUGACAAUUUUCCCAUGUGACGAUAAUUUUCGUCGUCCUUAUCGGUACGUGUCACGGGUGCAUUACAUUUAUAUUUACUGUCAUUGUCAACAGAUCUAAAUUAGUGGGUUCCAGAAUUUUGGCCUGUAUAUUCGUUGAGCUGUCGAAAGUUAUCCAGUGUCACACCUGACCAUGAAAGCACUACUGAUUUCUUCUUUCCUUGCCUGCGUCGUGAUCGCAUCAGCACAACGGCCGAUUCCUUGCUGUGCUCCUGAUCAAUUUGCGUUUCAUUAUGAGCAAGUUCUAUCAUCACAAGUUGGAGACAACCCGAUGGCCAUCUUAGAGGAGUCGUUAGAUGCUGCCUAUGAUUUCGUCCAGGCAUUGGUAGGCAUGGAAGCGGCCAUCCGUCCCGUGGGUGAGCCGGAAACCAAACUCAAGAUUAUACAGAACUUUACUGCGGGUUAUCAGUGGACCGUAAAUGGAGAAAAAUGUACCAAGCAAUCUUUGCAAGGUGUUAUCCCACCCUCGAGAUGCGUACCAGAUGAUGCAACGUUUGAGGGAACAUUUGCUGUCGGACUAGAGAAGUUAAAGGUGCACACAUGGCUCAUCGGUUCCUCUCCGGGCGUCAUUAAGGGCAUGCAGCGUUACACCGUGACUGACUACAUGUGUACACCGUUCAGUAGCUCCUUCAUUGGGACUGAUUCAACCACAGAGCCACCAGCCAUAUUCGUCAAUGCUGGAAACUACAUGAAUUUUACAAACAAAAUAACAGAUCCAGAUAGAUGGUUUAAACUGCCAUCAUCAUGCAACAGCACUGCACCAGAAGUGUCUUCUGACGAGGGGCUGAGCAAAUUUGCUACUGCACGUCCUGUUUGGUUCUUCUAAUAAGUAUUAGCUUCACAGAUAAACUUGGAGCAAGUUAGCUUGUGUGAAAGCAGAAGAGAUAAGAUCAACAAAAGCGAUAAGAAAGUUAUGAGCAUUUGGAUGCCGAGAUCACUAAUGUUUUCAUUUUGCCCAUGCUAGUGAGUGUGACAAACAAUUCAUCCAUGAUGUAAUGUUAUGAAAAAAAUCUAUCACCUGUCAUCUCACAAAUAGAAUACCUGAACUUACGAUAGACCAGAAAAAAAGAGAGAAUUAUUUAAGCGAAAUAUGUACUCAAGUAAUGGUGCAGUUUUACCUCUGCGACAUCACAGAUCAUGGUCGCAUUGCCAAUGGGAUGAUCUACAUAGCAUUAGUGAUCUCAAUAUUAAAAUGCUCAUAAAUUUAUUAUUCAUUCAAUCUUCCUCAAACUUAAAUGAAAAUGAAACGAAAAAUAAAAAUACAGAUUUUUUAUUUCAUUUAUUGUUCGAACUACAAAUCUGAAAUAGAAAUACUGCAAAAAUUAUUUUUGCCCAAUUAAUCAUGGGCCCAGUUGUGAGACAGAUGCUCUGCCAACACACUGGUUGAUUGAUCUGUUUCUUUGAUUUUUUCUCUGUUAUAUGAUUUCAACUGCUUUGGAGGGUUUCAUCCUCCUUUCAGUUCUUAUGCAUUUUUGCAAUGAAAAUCUGAGAACAAGUCAGCUUGUGUGAAAACAGAAAAAUAUCAAACAAACAAAUCAGUGACAGUGUGAGAAAAAUUGAACAAAUAAUAAGAAAAUUAGGAGCGUUUGAAAGUUGAGGUGACUAAUGAGGACCAAAAAUCAAACACAUUGAUUUUCAACAAUUUUUUAGUUGUGUUUAUAAAAGCAGAUCUUUCUGCAACGGGCCACAGAAAUGGGUUAUUAUUUGCUGAAUUGGGUGCACAGUUUCAUGAAAGGACUUGCCGAACGCUUCCUGAUGGUUACCAUAGUAACGGUGCUUCUCAGCCAGUCAAAAUCAAGGAAAGUUUUCAGAUCUGACAACUUGUCGCACAAAAAUAUUGAUGAAACGCUCCCCAGAGGCUUCAGUACAUCUCUUCCUCCACAGUCAAAAUAUGAGGCGGGGGAAGCCUAGUGUUUUUGUAGUUUUCACUCCAAAGAUCACCAAAGAGUAAAAUAGAUAUUUGCGAUAAUUCUGCUCCGCCAGUGUUCAUAUUGUUCAUUUUGAUAGUAAUAAAUGGACACUUUGAUGUCUGUUUUAAAGUAAUAGCAAGCAGAAUUUAGAGCUUAGCAAUUUAUUAUUGUAAACCAUUUUUAAGAGUACUGUGUGAAUAAAGCAUCCAGGGGGGGGGGCAAGUUGUGAUGAUGCUGAAAGAAAAUUCAAAAGGCCCUACUCGCUGAAAAGUUGGGAAAGCAAAGUUUUGCAAUGUGGGUGAAACAUCAGUCCAACUAUGUAUAUCAUAAUCUUGCUCUGAAAUUUUGUUCACAAACAUAGAUAACUAAUCAAGUUAUCAUGUGCUUAAUGUAAUAAGUAUUUUAUAUUUUCAUUAUUUUUAUAAUCUGGAGCUGAAAUAUGUAUUGUAAUUGUUGUUGAUAUCUUGCCAAUUUUGACUUCAUUCUGUAGCGUGAUGAAUAAUUUUGCAAAGAAAGAAAUUUGUGCAGGAAUAUCUUUUUUUUUCAAGAAUGCAUCAACAGUACUAAUUCAAGAAAUAAUUAAUUCAUAGUUUGAAGUUUUAUGUUAUUUUUUUUAAAUAUUUGAUGUAAUGCAAACAAAUUGAGAUAGAUAUGAUGGAAGGAAGAAAGGAAAGGAAGAAAGAAAGAAGGAAGGAAGAUAUAUUCAUAUGGAUUAUUGAAGGAUAAAUGUAUGGGCUUUUCUUUAUUAUUUUGUUUGAUAAGUAAGCGUAUAGUAUUCAUGAUGAUAAUUUUGUUCCUAACUACAUCAGGAUGUACAACGUAACUGAAAUCCAUACAUGUAAAUGUUACCUAAAUAUUAAUGGAAAUAUCAAAAUAAUAAUUUUGUACUGGUAAUUUUGUGUGUCAUACUAAAUCUGUCAUUAUAAUCCAAAUUUGUAUUUUUCGGUGUAUUUUUUUUUUCAUUUAAGUACUAGUAAUAGAGUAGACUCUGCACAAUCACCUAAAUUGUAGCUAUUUCAGAACAAAAUAUACAAAACAUGUGAUGUGUUAAUGAGUAAUGACAGAUUCUAAGUCAAAUUUUGCCUAAAAAGUGAAAGAAAAAAACUGUUGUCCAAAAGAUUUGACUUCCGCAAAGUCACCUAUAUGAUCUAUAUCUUCUAAAAACUAUAUUUUUUCCCAUUGUUGUUGAUUUUGUGUUGCAUUUAUAACAAGAUAAUUGCGUGGAAAUAAAAGUUUUUUCUACUUGA